UCGUGACCCGGAAGUGUUUCUUUAAUGUUGCUCACAAGACGCUGAUUGAUAUAAGACGUUGAUUCUUAUGUUUGUAUGCUAUUAGAUAAGACCAUCUUAUCUGUUUGGACAAGUGUGGUGAAACGGUGUGGACAUUGAGAAAAACAUGGAUGAGGAGAUGGCUACAGAUGUGCCAAAAAUUGUAACAGAGGAAAGUAAUGAUUAUAAGGAGGAUGACGACAACUCAAAGAAUGAUUAUAGCGAAGUCAAUGAUGAGGAACUUAAAGAACAGGCAGGUGUGGAUUCCAAAAAGCAACAACAGACAGUAGGCAGUAAAUGUUUGCCAGGAAUCGUGUAUAUAGGUCAUAUACCACCAAGGCUAAGGCCCAAGCACAUGCGCAACAUGCUAAGUCUGUAUGGAGAGAUUGGAAGGAUAUUUCUACAGCCUGAAGAUCGGUCUGUGAAGAGAAAGAAGAAGAAAGCUGGCACUAAGGUGACCAGCUUCACUGAAGGCUGGGUGGAGUUUAGGGACAAGAGAGUGGCCAAAAGAGUAGCAGCUAGCCUCCACAACACACCUAUGGGUAGCCGUAAAAGAAGCCGCUUUGUCAGUGACCUCUGGAACAUAAAGUACCUCCACAGGUUCCAGUGGUGUCAUUUGAGUGAGCGAUUAGCCUAUGAAAUGACUGUGCUCCAGCAGCGCCUCAGAACUGAAAUUUCUCAGGCCAAACGAGAGACCAACUUCUACCUGGCCAAUGUGGAGAAAAGCCAGAACAUGGACAAACUAAGGAGAAAGAGGGAGAAGAAGGGUGAGAACAUCAAAGAAAAGAUGUGGGACUUCACCCAGCGACGUACAGAGGACGAGAUUCAGAUUAGUCGCCUCCGUAAACAGACCACGUCCAAGAAGAACCUGCUGAAGGCCCAGGAGAAGGCCAAAGACAUCCAGAAGAAGUCCCAGUCCAACAUAUCUCUGUUGGCAAAGAUCUUCAACAGCAGCAAAGCCAAGGACUAAACCCAUUACAGCGGUUAUCAAACAUGGGAUCACGCAGACUUUGAUUUAUUCAAGAUUAUAACAACAGCCAUAUUUAGGAACAAAUAAGUUUUUGUUCUAUACAAGGCUGAGAGCAUGGGUUCUGUCCUGGCAUACAGACUCAAGGGAAGAGGGGUUUUCCAAUCAGUAAUAUUUUUGAGUGAAUGAAUUAGAUACUUGGACUGCUUCUUUGUUUGCUGUGGUGUUAGCAAAUUAAAAACUAUGAUGCUAAAAUAAUAUUCUCAGCAUCAUGGAAAACAGUUGUUGAUAUGUUAUGUAAUACAUUUAAGUAAAACAAUAUGAAAAUAAUGAAAUAAAAACAAAUGUACACAUAA